AUGAAUUUUAGCAAUUAAAGCUUCGAAAUACAGCAAAUAAAACUUUCAAAUUCAAUGAAAUUCCUAUUUUUGAGAUAGAUCAAAAGCUUAAUGAAAAAUUUAAGUAAUAUAUUAAGUUCUCAAGUUAUUAAUAUUGAUAAAUUGUAGUAAAUAUUAUUUAAUUUUGCUCAUUUUAAAGAGAGCUUUUUUAAAAAAUUGAUUAAGAAUUAAUUCCUCAAACAUUUAAAGAUUAGGCUGUUGUUAUUUGUUUAGAUUUGUUUAAUUAUUGAAUACUAAUUUUGAAUAAUUACUUGAACUAACUUAAAAAGAAUAAAUUACAAAAGGAGAAAGAGUUUUCUGAAAUUCAUUUAGCUCUUUCUAAAAACAAAACAAUAAAAAAAGUAUUAUUGAUCUAAUUGUAAGAUUAACAUUAAGAAAUUGAAUAUAAGUAUUAGGAGUGUUUAUAGAAUAUUUAAAAGAUGGUUAAGUAUAUAUUUGAGCAUAAUAAAGCUUAGUUUUAGGUUUGCUUUUAUUAGAAUUUUUUAAUAUAAUUCUAGAAUAAGUAAUUGGAGAUAUAUGAACUGGAUAUUUAUUAUAGGUAAUAGUUCUUAAAAUGA